UUGAAGCUGGAUAAUCUAUCCAAAUCAGUGUAGGUAAUGAGUGCAAAUAGAUUCCAGUUCUAGUUACCUCAUAACCUAAGUAGACAACUUUUUGUGGGAAAUUGAUAUAGGUCUCAAAUCCAACAUUCAGGAAAAACUUUGCAUCUUUGUGGGGAUUGUUUAACUAGUAUUAUUUCUGAGAUAAACUGCUGAUUUGCUCCCUAUAUAGGCACCACUGUUCCUGCUCGUGAACAGUGUCAGUUCCAAAUUUAGGAAUAAAAUAUGGAUGUCUUAGGUAGUAGAAGUUGAUUUGUUUAAUAAAUUGACAGAAGUGGUAAUGAUUUAUCUCUUCUGGGUUUCAUUUUCACUGUUGUUGGUGCCUGAAAACCCUGCUAAAAGCCACAGAAUCCAUCACUCCGGUUCUGUCCCCUCCGAUUGGAUUAAGAAGUAGAAGUAAAAGAAAAUUGAGUGAAAAUGGCAGCAACAACAACUGGGAUACAGACAUUGUAUUAUGAGGGAAAAAGGAGGGAUGGUAUGGAGCAUUUCUGUCUUUAACACGCUGUGGACCGCCUUUACAAAAGGUCCAAGUUCUCUGUUUCAUCAACACAGAGACUCAAAUCAUGGUAAAAAAUUUUGUUUUAAACAGAAAUAUUGGAAAUUUCCUCUUCUAUCCUGAAAAAAGGAAAUAAAGGGGGAGGUUACAACUUACAACAGCAAUGGAGAUUCUUCUGUCAGUCUCUAUUAAGCUUUUGCUGACGUUUUGUAGAGCCUGGUCCCCAUCGUACUUGCAGCCAAGAUACAAAAAUGCCCAUCCAUCCUCCCUCGCCUAAUGAAUUGCUCUUUUUUAUUUAUUUUUUAAUUUUUAAUUUUUGGGUAAAGCUAAUGAUGAGUUAUACAAUAAAAAAAUAAUUCUCUUUUUUUUCAAACCACUUUUCACCAUCUCAAGAUUUGAAUUUGUGAUCAUCAACUUAAAGUCUCAAGUUUUUAUCAGUUGAGAGACCCCCUUAGUGCUUCCCUAGCCUGCUCUGUUCCUUUGUCGUGAGCAUAAAUCAUCAAGAAAAAAUCUAACCUAAGCAAUUCAGGGAGGUGUCUUGUUGACAUAUUGUGCAUAAUAAUAUAGGUUUAGUUAUGUU